AUGGCUGACACCAUCGACAGGGGUUUGGACGGUCUAACGUUAAGCGUCUCAGAGGAAGACCAGCUUCGUCGGCAAGGUGAUUUGGUCAUCAAAUCGUUCAGAGCUCUUGGUGAUGACCACCUGAUUACAAACGUUCGCCCUGACUAUCCAGACAAUCGUCCGAAUCAUCAAGUCGAUCCACUCGAUCAUCAAACCGAGUAUCAUCCUGAUCCACCUGACUCCAAGAGCAGCUUGGACCGGUUCCACUGGCCUAAUCGAUUCCAACUAAGCCAGCAGAUUACGAGUCUUUCAGAAUCACUAGACCCAUCCCUCUUGCGGAGCCAGCCAGGCCCUACACUCGAGCUCAUCUUAGAGAUCCUAUCCGGAAUCCGCGAGAGUCUAGAUCAAAUCAAAGCCGCUUUUCACGUUAGGAAGAUCGGCUUAGAGAAACGGAUCCAAGAUUUGGCGCUACGAAACCAACAACUCUUCAGCAAUUCCGAGGACCUCAUCCUACACCUGAAACUCUCAUCCGACGAGCCCAAGUUCCCCGACGAGCCGCAUUGGAUCAGGGCCAGAAUAAUCCAUUGUACAGCUGAUUCUUCCGAGGCAACCCAGCGUCUGAUUGAAUGGAUAGAAGGGUCUGAACUUGACAUCGUUCAACACGGCUGGAUGUCCUAUAUGCGUUCCAUUGAUUCGGCUUUAGUAGUAGAGCUCGAGAGAUUCAAGCUGUCAGAUACUCAGAGAGAGCUGGCUGAACACAUCCUACCAAUCUUGAAAUUAUCCAGACUUCUUCUCAAGAAAUUAUCAAAACGAGGAUUGAGCGGUGAAGAAGGCAUCGGAUCAUAUACGGAGUUGAGCUCUAAGCAGCGAACUAGUCUGUUGGAAUUCGGUUCGAAGCUACAUAUGAUAACCAUGUCUGCCAAAAACUUAUUUGACUUUAUUGCCUAG